CUCAACACUGAAACACUAGAGGGACAACAAAGCAAAGGAAAAAUCCCUCUAACACUGUAAAGUGGCAUUAAUUAAAUCAGAAAAAGCAUUCAUCUAUUAUACAGCAGUUGGCGUGUGGUCAGCGAUUCACUGCUGCUGUAAUGGAGGGAUCCGGGGAAGAGUUCACGAAAUACCGCUCACCCUUGGUGUCACGGUACGCCUGCAAAGACAUGUCCUACAACUUCAGUGAUCGGAACAAAUUCAUUACAUGGAGACAAUUGUGGAUUUACCUUGCUGAGGCCCAAAAGGAAUUGGGUCUCCCCAUAACUGAUGCCCAGUUGAGCGAGAUGAAGUCUCACUUAAAGGAUAUUGAUUUUGUCAUGGCUGCAGAGAAGGAGAGGAAGUUAAGGCAUGAUGUCUUGGCUCACGUGCACACGUUUGCUCAUUACUGUCCCACCGCUGCUCCCAUCAUCCACUGGGGCGCCACUUCCUGUUAUGUGGGAGACAAUAUGGAUCUGAUAAUGCUGCGUGAUGGAUUUGAUAUCCUGCUACCCAAGUUGGCUCGUGUCAUAGACAGGCUGGCUAACUUUGCAGAGAAAUACGCUGACCUGCCGACUUUAGGCUUCACUCAUUAUCAACCAGCUCAGCUGACUACAGUGGGGAAGCGUGCUUGUCUGUGGCUACAGGAUCUGGUCAUGGACAUGCGUAAUCUUCAGCGUGCAAGAGACGACCUGCGAUUCCGGGGCGUCAAAGGAACCACAGGCACUCAGGCCAGCUUCCUGCAGCUCUUUGAUGGGGAUCAUGAGAAGGUGGAGGAGUUGGAUAGGAAGGUCACUGAGUUGGCUGGAUUUAAAAAAUCAUACCUGGUGACUAGUCAGACGUACAGUCGUAAGGUGGAUAUCGACACACUCUGUGUGUUGGCCAGCCUCGGAGCCACAGUACAUAAGAUUUGCACUGAUAUCCGUCUGUUGGCUAAUCUGAAAGAAAUUGAGGAGCCGUUUGAGAAAGAGCAGAUUGGUUCCAGUGCCGUGCCGUACAAGAGAAACCCCAUGCUUGCGGAGCGCUGCUGUGGUCUUGCUCGCCACCUGAUGGCGCUGGUGUCAGACCCUCUGCAAACAGCAGCAGUGCAGUGGCUGGAAAGAACCCUGGACGACAGCGCUAACAGGAGGAUCUCAUUGCCAGAGUCCUUCCUCACAGCAGACAUCAUCCUCAGCACUCUGCAGAACAUCACUGAAGGACUGGUGGUGUAUCCUAAGGUGAUUGAGAGGCAUAUCUGUCAUGAGCUGCCCUUCAUGGCUACUGAAAAUAUCAUCAUGGCCAUGGUGAAGGCCGGAGGAAACAGACAGAUGAUUAGAAUAAGGAAAAGAAAAGACUGCCAUGGGCAUAUUCACGUGUUGUCCCAGCAAGCUGCUGCUGUAGUCAAACAGGAAGGGGGGCAUAAUGACCUACUGGAUCGGGUUAAGGCAGAUCCAUAUUUCUCCCCCAUACUUGGACAGCUGGAUGCCUUACUGGACCCCAAAACCUUUAUCGGCCGAGCCCCACAACAGGUUACAAGGUUUUUGGCUGAGGAGGUCAGGCCUGUUCUAGAGCCAUACAAAAGCAAAAUGGAUGUCAAGAUUGAACUAGAGCUCUGAGACACACACAUACUGUGCGCAACUCUGUGACUGACACAUCAGAACUGUAUGACAAUAAAUAAAUGUCUAGCUCAGGGGUCCUGGAGAGCCGCAGCCCUGCAUAGUUUUGCUUCAACCCUAAUCAAACGCACCUGAACAAGCUAAUCAAGGUUUGAAGGGUUGCUAGAAAGCUAGUUUUAAUUAGGGUUGGAGCUGAACUCUGCAGGGCUGCGGCUCUCCAGGAAAGGAGUUCGCCACCCCUGGUCUAGCUGUUUGUCCCCAGAUAUGUCUGAAAGUUUCAGCUCAAAUACCCCACAGAUCAUUUAUUAUAUCAUUUUGAAAAUGCCUACUUUGAGUGGACGCAGAAACACGCUGUUUUUGUGCAUGUCUCAUUAAAUACAAAUGAGCUGCUGCUCCCCGCCCCCUUUUCCAGAAUAGGGCUGUGCCUUUACAGCUCGUACAUCAGAUUCUCUGCUAAAAAGCAUCUGUUUGGUUUUGAUUAUCAUGUCUAUCAUGCUAAAAUCAUGUGUGUUAAAGCCAUAUUAGUUUAAACUUCUGAUAUAUGGUUUUCAGAGCACACAUCUGAAGAACACGCACAGAAAGCUACUGUUACACAGCAUGUGAGUACUAAACUCUCUUUCAUGUCUUAUUGCGCUGAAACUGUGAAAAACACACAAGUUUAUGUUAAAAACAUACAGGAGUUACAAAAACAGUCAGUUAUGUCUGUGAAGGUAAACAGCUGGGAAAGAAAUCACAUGUUUAUAUCAGAUCUGUUUGGCAGCAGUGUAAUAUACAGUAAAUAAAUCAAUAAAUCCACUGCUCUCUUGUCUCCUCUGAGGCUGGGACUCUAAAUAGUGUUCUGUGCUCAUCUGUGCAGCCAACGACAGAACAGUUAUCAUGCUUUGCUCAAACUUUUGCUAUGGCGUUAGAACUGGUAGGGGAUACUUUUGAAUGUUCUCAGUUUGUGUAAAUCUACAUUAAUUUCACACUUUUCUAGUACAAAUAUGUUGCAUUUUGUUUUAUAAUUACAGUUUAUAUGUUUUUCUUUAUUUACACCAAAAGAAUGGAAGUGAAAUGUGACAACAUGCCCCAUAGGUGGGGUACAUUGAAACAUCUGAGGGGCAUGUUGUCACAUGACCAUAUGACAGUUUAAAAUAUUAUCUGAUUUAAUAAAAAAAUAUACAAGACAAACUAAGAUAUUUUGUCAAUAAAAUAAAAUAAAAUCUUUAAAAUAAAGUAAGGGCGUUUUUUUUAAGAAUGAAAAAUAAUCUAAGUUUGGAGUUUUGAAGUUUGACAAUAAACAUGCUUGGGAAGGCCCUGUACGCAACACACAGCUAUACAGUAUAGUUCAAAACAAUGUGGGCAAACGGAUGAAAAAACAUAUUCAGACAUUCAGAAAAACACAGAGCUACACUCCCCUUCAUCCACACACAGCUCUCACAGAACACGAGACACAUAAAUUGGCCAAAUGCUUUAAUUUUUUUUAAAUUAUAAAAUAAUACAGCUGCUUAUUUAAAUUCGUUUUUCUAUGUCUUUAUGCGCUAGAUGGACAUCUAUGACCGUUGCAUCUCUGCAGCUUUUUCAUCAUGUUGCACUCGAAACCCAGCCUUCUUUUCUUUUUAGCCUUCUUUUUCCUUUUUUAUGCUGUAGUUUAACAGGAUUGCUCUGUGAAAGGGGCUAAUGACAGACUGCAUGUUUAUUUUUGUUUUCGUUGUUGUUGUAGUUUUUUGCCUUUAUUGUUAUAGGCUAGUGUAGUGACAGAAGUGAAGUAGGAGAGAGAGGGAGUGGGAUCAGGAAAGGUUCUCGAAUCAGGAUUCGAACUCGGGACGCCCGUAGCGCAACAGCGCUUCAUGUCAGCAUGCUACCCACAAGGCUAUUGGCACAGACAUGUUUUACUUUAAAAGCACCAGUGUCUCUUUAAAAUAGGGCUAGACGAUAUAGCCAAAAUUUAUAUCACAAUAUAUUUCUUGAUUUCGGUCGAUACGAUAUAAUUCUGAUAUCAAUAUAAACAAUAUUUAAAGCCACAUAAAAACUGCCAAGAACCCCUACAAGAGAUGUCGGUACCCACAAACUUCUGAAAAAUGAACUUGCCAAGUCUAUGAAACCUACUCCUAUAAAACUACAUAAUAUUUUAGAAAUAAAAACAGUACAAUAAGUUAAUCUUCACCUUUUAUUUGUAUUUAGCCUUGGUACAAACAAGAAAUGUGAAAUCACUGUCAAAUAAAUGUAAGACUGCAGGCUCACCUUAAUAAUAUUAAUAUCUAAAUAUAUUAAUAUCUUUAAUUUUAAACUAUAACAGGCUGAUUAUGAUAAGUGCUUUAGCCAGGAUAAAGAAUAAGAGAAGUGUUCAGAAUUGCUGCAGAAAACAGAAAAAAGAGUGAGCAACAACAAAAACAUGUUGCUAGAGAUGGGCUUAUUGAAAAUGCAAAUUCAUUCUCUGCCAGCAGGAGGCACUUUUGGAGCAGCAGAAACAGUGGCUCAGUAACAGCUGCGUUCAAAACAGAGCUGGGCUCAUAAAUGCUACUUUAUCAGAUAAAAUAAAAUGUCAUUAAAACAUUUUUGAAGACAGUUCCCUUUGUUGCGUCUGCUUAGGAUCAUUGAUGAUCGUUUAGGAUUUACAUUGUAGAGAACCUUUUAGCCUUUUGCCAUCUGCAUAUAAAUUACAGACAUGGCCUCACGUUCUACGUUUAUAUGGGUGUUUAAUGGUCUGUGGUUCCCUCCUUGCUCUCACGAAGAUGCUAAGCAGAUCAACUCUUGUCUCCCCAUUGGACUUCAAAGGCAUUCCAUGAGGGAGGCAAUCACCAGCACCAAGCACCUCAGAUCCUUGGUGGCUGGCAAACUGUUCCCAAUACACAUAACGCACACACAUAGAAACCUUUUUCUUUAUUUAGACUAUAUUUAACCAGUUAUAAAUGUACUUGAUAUAUGCAUGUGUUGCUUGUAUGUUUCUAUGUUAUAUUAGCCCAGUUAGCCCUCGUUAUUGGUACUAGUUAAUCUCUAAAUGCGUAUUUUCAAUGUAUGAAUGUAUCUCUGGUUUAAUACCUUCUAGAUGUUUCAUUCUUGGUAUCAAAACGAUCUGCACUUUAUUUUCUGAACAAUGGUGUACACCAUGUGAUUAGAAAAUGCAUCAUACUGUUUGUACUAUAUUGUGGGUAAAACUGCAUCAAUUUCCCAGGCCAGCAAUAAACAUGCAAAUGGGCCAUAAACGGAGACAAAGAGAAGUUCUCCCGCUCAAAAAUCCAAACUUUGUAUUGGCCAAUUCACCCAAAGGUGGGUGUGGUAGGGAAACUCUCAAAAGACCCUAACACCAACCCAUCCAUGCUCAAACCCUUCGAGACACUCUCCAAGACUCAUCCUUUGAGUCAGUUUUCCAGUAGUUUAUCUUCAAG